AUGGCAGGAAUCAACAACAACAAGGAUAAGGAGCCCUUGCCCGAGAUCCCCCUGCCUCUUCUUAAUGACCCAAGACCCGCGCCCGACAGCGAUCAGGUUGUCUCGGCAUUCAAGACACUAGAGCCAACACGCAACUUCUCGACCAUGACAAAGUCUCCAUGUGCCAAGGAGUCCUUUAUUGACGGAGCUGCUAUCGGAUUGGGCAUCGGUCUCUUGAAAUCCAUGCGAUCAGGCGCAAAUCGAUCUGCAGCAAACUGGGGGUUUGGAGCAUUUGUGCUCAUGACCGUAGGAACCUGGGAGUAUUGUCAUUUCAAGAUCAGGGAGAAGCGCCAGCUCAUGGCUUCGGGACAGAUGCCAGUCAUCAACACUCUUGACGUCGAUGCUGCCAAGAGGAGAGAGGCCAUUGCUGCUCGCCAGCGGGACGUGUAA